UUGUUAGCUUGUUUAGCCAGAGAGAUGGCAGAGCAGCCACCGGUGAAUUAUCCCCAUUAUGAUGGAUUUUUGGAUCUACAGGACAGGAACAGCGUCCUGGUGAAAGUGAAAACCAUCACAGGAUCAAGGAGGGUUGGAGUGAGAGGACAGGAAAGGAGACAUCAGCGAUCAAGUAAUCCGACUGCACUUUCCCUAGACGGAUGCUCCGGACGAGACCAUUCUCAUCGGUGUCUGUUCAGCUUGGCAGGCCGCUCUUCAGUAGAGAAGUUCUGAUCCCUUGUUCCUCCCAGAUACCGACACCAAAGUGUUAUCAGCUGAUACCAGGAGAUCCCUCCUAAACAUGUUUCCACAAUCAGGGAAAUCCAUUGUCUUUGACAACUUUCCAGACCCAACGGACACCUGGGAAAUUAUCGAGACAAUCGGCAAAGGGACCUACGGAAAAGUCUACAAGGUGCUCAACAAGAUAGAUGGCAGCAAAGCGGCUGUGAAGAUACUGGAUCCUAUUCAUGAUAUCGAUGAGGAGAUCGAAGCGGAGUACAACAUCCUCAAAGCGCUCUCUGACCACGCCAAUGUUGUCAAGUUCUACGGGAUGUUCUACAAGAAGGAUAUAAAAUGUGGAGAUCAGCUGUGGCUUGUUCUGGAGCUCUGCAACGGUGGCUCUGUGACAGAUUUGGCUAAAGGCAUGCUGAAGAGAGGAGACAGGAUGGAUGAAGCCAUUAUUGCCUACAUCCUGCAUGAGGCUCUCAUGGGCCUGCAGCACCUGCACAUCAACAAGACAAUCCACCGAGACGUCAAAGGCAAUAACAUCCUGUUGACGACGCAGGGAGGGAUCAAACUUGUGGAUUUCGGUGUUUCCGCCCAGCUGACAAAUACCCGCCUGAGGAGGAACACGUCUGUGGGAACCCCCUUCUGGAUGGCUCCUGAGGUCAUAGCCUGUGAACAGCAGCUGGACUCGACCUACGAUGCUCGCUGUGACGUCUGGUCGCUCGGCAUCACCGCUAUAGAGCUGGGAGAUGGAGACCCACCUCUGUCUGACCUUCACCCUAUGAGAGCUCUUUUUAAAAUACCCAGAAAUCCUCCGCCUACUCUCCACCAGCCGGAGCUCUGGUCAGACGACUUUAACGACUUCAUCUGCAAAUGCCUUAUCAAGGAUUUUGAACUGAGACCAAACGUGCUGGACCUGCUGCAGCACGUCUUCAUCAAACAGAUUGUGGGCAGAGAGAAAAUCCUACAGAAGCAACUGAUCGAACUCAUUGAUCUAAACCAACAAAUAGGAGUUAUUGAAAAAACAAGGCAUGAACGCAUUCACACUAAAAGAGGAAGCCACAUGAAGACGCAGAGUGACCCCGAUGAGGUGGACGACCUCGCAACCCUGGAAGUUCUAGAUGAGAACACCGUCACAGAGCAGCUUCAGAGCCGCUAUGGGAGAGAUCAGAUUUACACAUACGUGGGAGACAUCCUCAUCGCAGUCAACCCUUUCCAUAAGAUGGAGAUAUACACUCCUCAGUAUAAUAAGAUCUACAUAGGAGCUAAGCGUUCUGCUAACCCUCCACACAUCUUCGCUGUGGCCGACAUCGCCUACCAGUCCAUGGUGUCAUACAACGCUGACCAGUGCGUUGUGAUCAGUGGAGAGAGUGGAGCUGGGAAAACAGAGAGUGCCCAUCUGUUGGUGCAGCAGCUGACUGUACUUGGAAAGGCCAACAAUCGGACACUCCAAGAGAAGAUCCUGCUGGUGAACAGCCUGGUCGAGGCUUUUGGGAACGCCUGCACCGUCAUCAACGACAACUCAAGCCGCUUCGGGAAGUACCUGGAGAUGAAGUUCACAUGUGGAGGAACUGUAAUCGGAGCGCAGAUAUCUGAAUACCUGCUGGAGAAAUCCAGAGUCAUCCACCAAGCUGUAGGGGAGAGGAACUUUCACAUCUUCUACUACAUCUACGCCGGCCUCGCCGACAGGAAGAAACUUGCUCACUACAAGCUCUCCGACAGCAAAGCGCCUAAGUAUCUGUGUAAUGACCACAUUAAACUGGGACCUGACAUCGUGAGCAGCAGCUUCUACAAGGAGCAGUUUGAUGCAGUGGAGCAGUGUUUCAAAGUCAUUGGAUUCACCCUGGAGGAGCUGGGCAGUGUUUACAGCACUCUGGCUGCCAUCCUCAACUCAGGUGAUAUUGAGUUUUCUCCAGUCGCCUCCGAGCAUCAAACAGACAAAAGCAUCAUCUCUAACAAUUCUGUCCUGGAGAACGUGGCAUCACUGCUGUGCAUCCGCUCAGAUGAGCUCCAGGAAGCCCUGACCUCCCACUGCGUGGUGGCCCGAGGGGAGACGAUCGUCAGGCCCAACACGGUGGAGAAGGCGGGGGAGGUGAGGGACGCCAUGGCCAAGGCUCUCUACGGUCGCCUCUUCAGCUGGAUCGUGAAUCGCAUCAACGCACUGCUGCGGCCAGACACCAACCUGGGAGACGAGGACAAGGGCCUGAACAUCGGCAUCCUGGACAUCUUUGGCUUUGAGAACUUUAAGAAGAACUCUUUCGAGCAGCUUUGCAUCAACAUCGCCAACGAGCAGAUCCAGUUUUACUUCAACCAGCACAUCUUUGCCUGGGAGCAGGAUGAGUACCUGAAUGAGGAGGUGGAGGCUCGGAUGAUCGAGUACGAGGACAACCGGCCCCUCCUGGACCUGUUUUUACAGAAACCCAUGGGGAUGCUUUCACUUCUGGAUGAGGAGAGUCGCUUCCCACAGGCCACGGACCAAACCCUCGUAGAGAAAUUUGAUGAUAACCUCAAGACAAAGAGCUUCUGGAGACCAAAGAGGGUGGAUCUUGGCUUUGGCAUCCACCACUACGCUGGAAAGGUGAUCUACAACGCUGCGGGCUUCUUGGCUAAGAAUAGGGACAUGCUGCCGGCGGAUAUCAUCCUGCUGCUGAGGGGGUCGGAGAACGAGCUCACCCGUAAGCUCGUCACCCAUCCGCUCACCAAAACAGGCAACCUUGCCCACACCAAGGGCAAAGGCAUAAACACAAUCCGGACCCCGUCACGCACCAUGACUUUGGCUAAGCCGCCUGAUUCGGCGGAUACCCCGUACCAUCCAAGAGAGACCACCAACAUGAGAACGCAGACUGUAGCCUCCUAUUUCAGAUACUCUCUGAUGGACCUGCUGUCAAAGAUGGUCGCCGGGCAGCCUCACUUUGUCCGCUGUAUCAAACCAAACAACGACCGCCAUGCCAACAAGUUCGACCGGGAGAAGGUUCUUGUUCAGCUGCGAUACACCGGAGUCCUGGAGACGGCUAAGAUCAGACGGCAGGGCUACUCUCACCGCAUCCUCUUCACUAACUUCAUCAAGAGAUACUAUGUCGUGGCUUUCAAUGCUCACGAGGAGCCAGCUGUCACUCCAGAAACAUGUGCUGCAAUACUGGAGAAGGCCAAGCUGGAGAACUGGGCAAUGGGGAAGACCAAGGUGUUCCUGAAGUACUACCACGUUGAACAGCUGAACCUGAUGGUGCAGCAGGCCACACAGAGGAUCGUCCUGCUGCAGGCCUACGUCCGAGGCUGGCUGGGAGCGAAGCGAUACCGACGGAUCUUAAAGGAGCGAGAACAGAGCGCUCUGGUGCUGCAGUCAGCUUACAGAGGUCACAGAGCACGGAAGAAGGUGGCUGACGACAAGAGCAAAGCAAAGUUUGAGGCCUUUAUUAUUCAGUUUCAAGCUGUUUGCAGAGGUUAUCUGGCCAAAAAGAAAUACAAGGAGCUGGUGGACGAGAAGAACAAGGCUGCAACCAAGAUCCAGGCCCGCUACAGAGGGCACAAGGAGAGGAAGAACUUUAAAGGAAAACGUGAAGCCAAAGAGAAAGAAAAGGCAGAGAAGGCCCUAAAAGAAAAAGAGCAAGCAACUCUUUCAGCAGAAGAGACCACCGAUGAAGGAACUUCCCCGGCUUCAAGCAACGAAUCGAACAACGAGGAAGAGGAAACGAAGGCAGCCGUGGUUCUCCAGAGUAACUUCAGAGGCUACAAAGAGAGAAAAAAGUUUAAGGAGAGGAAAAAAGCAAACGCUAAGACUGAACCAGACGUACCUCAGAAUGCCAUGGAGGAAAAGGAAGGAGCAACAGAGCCAACCAGCAAGGAUGAAGAGGAGACAGCUGAUAAACAAGAUGAGCACGAUGACGAGGAGGACUGUGAUAGUGAUCACACACAUGUGCCAGAUGAUGAACAUGCAGAAGUGGAUUAUGACACCCCCAUUGAGGAUGCAGUUGCAGCAGAUGUUUGGCAGGAAGAGCAGGAUGAGAGCAAGAAUGUGGAGAAUGAAAAAGAAGAGUCAGCGACCAUAGAGGAAGAAACCAAGGCUGCCACCGUUCUCCAGAGUAACUUCAGAGGUCACAAAGAGAGGAAGAGGCUACAAGAGGAAGGCAAGAUCCCAGUGAAGAAUAAGAAAGCCAAAAGCUCUGAAAAAGCAGCAGUUUCUCAAAGUGAUGUCAAAGCAGGAGAGCAAGAUGAAACCAAAGCAGCUGUUGUUCUCCAGAGCAACUUCAGGGGCCACAAAGAGCGCAAACGCCUGGAGAAGGAAGGAAAGAUCCCCAAAAAAGGGAAGAAGGAGACAAAGAAAUGUGUGCCAGAAGCAGGAGCAGAGGAGGAGAAAGCUGCAACUGUCCUGCAGAGUAACUUCAGAGGCCAUCGAGAACGGAAGAAAUUUAAAGCAGAGAAAGAAGCCAGGAAGAAAGCGAAAGAAGCUGCUGAUUAUGAUAUAGCAGAGGAAGCAACGGAGGAAGCUCUGGAAGUUUCUGAUGUUGUAAUAGAACAAAAAGAUGCUGAAAAGGAGAGACAAGAAGAAGAGCAGGCAGCAGUGAAGAUCCAGAGCAACUUCAGAGGGUACAAGGACAGAAAGAACCUGAAGGCCAACAAGCAAACGGCCAAGAAAGAAGCUGCUCAGCUGGAGAACUUCUCCAUAGAGAUCACAAAGGCCUCUCAGGACUUUCUGGCCCUGCAGCAGAAGUUGAAUGCGAUCAUCGAGGCCCAUCAGUCAAACCCAGAGAAGAACGGCAUGUUUGUGAGAGGGAAAGCAGUGAAUGGAUUCGCUGCCCAGAACCACCAAAGUCCCAGUGGACCCAGUUGGAGGGAUGUAGUGGUAGUGGAAGAGUCAGCUCUUACCAGCAUGCUACCAAGAUUUGAAGAUCUCAUAAAAACUGUCCUGGCUGGGUUGUCCACAUGGGUCUUGAGGGCUGGACUGGCUGUAGCAUGCCCGUGCUUUUUUAUUCUUGAUGACAUGUCUUGUGCUAGGGCUGAGAAGAGACUGUCAAGGACCCCCCGCAGGACCCAGCAGCCAAAGACCCUGAACACACCAGAGGACUCGACCUAUUACAACCUAAUCCAUCGGUCUGUCCAGGACGAUAAACGAAAGCCCAGGAAAGAGGAUCAAGGAAAGCUGCUGGAUGUGGACGACCCUUACUACCAGGAACUGUCCUCCAGCCGGUCUGAACCAGCCCUUCCCACGGACUACGCCUCCCCCAGCAGAACACCAGAGAGACAGAUGUCAGUAGAGAGGAGAAAGUCGACGGACAGGAGGAGGUCUUUGGACAGGAGACACUCUUCUUUAGUCAGCAGGCAGCCCAGAGAGCGGGCCGUCACUGAACCAGGACCUCCAAAGCGUGGAAGUGACAGCAGGCGCUCAGUUCCCAGAAUGCCCUCCACUGAGAGUCAGGCUGAGGAUAACCCUUAUGACUUCAGAUACCUACUGAGGAAGACCUCCCAGAGACGAAGGCUCAUCAAACACUACUGAACACAUGACUGAAAUGUCUUAGCCAUUUGGCCCCUGCUGGUCUAAAUCUGUAUAUUUAUGAGUCAUUUCAUCAUCAUAGCAUUUUCAAAAUGUUUGACACUUUUUAGUUUGUGACUGAUUUCAUCUGCACCAGUUAAAUGAAUCCAUGCAGCGUAGAUGUAAAGGCACUUUCUGUAAAUAACAAAGGUACGCUUUUAAAACUGGCUGUAAAUGAAGGGUCUAUUUAUGUAGUUUGUAAAGUAGACAAUGCUCAUUUUGCUGCAUCAGUUUCUGGCUGGUUUGAGUCCAUCCAUGUGUAUUUUAUCAUCAAAUAAAACCCUGUAAAAUAUCUAUAGAUCAUGUAAAUAAAUAGCCAUGC